AUGCUGGAGUGAUAGGCUAUGCAAAGAACCGAAGUCAGAUGGAUACUCCUCGAAAAUUAAGAUCUAUGAAGAAGAAUCAAGAACGAGCCAAAGAAUUACUAACCUGGAUACAAAAUGCUAUAUCUUCUGGUCGAAUAGAUGAUCCAGGUAAGCCAGAG